AUGGCGGAAUAUGGGAAGACGGCCAGAGAUGUUGCGCCUGCCGUGGUGGUGGUCGGCCGGCAGUUCACUGUUCCGUACGCCGUAAAUUUAACGCUCACCAGCACUGGCGGCUUGUUCUCCCCGAACGACCUUUACAAGGUCAAGGACGCCAACAGCGACGUGGUGUUCAAGGUGAAGGGUUUCUUCUUCAGCAGCCGCUGCCUCCUCCUCAACGCCGCCGGCAACCCUCUCCUCACCAUGAAACCAAAGGCAUUUAGUUGGCAUGAAACGUGGAGAGUAUUCAGAGGAGACAGCACAAACUCGAAGGAUUUGUUGUUCAGCGUGCGAAAGCACAAGAUAUUCCAGUGGAAGGACAACUUUGAUGUGGUCUUGGCCACCAACACCGACCAAGCUGCCCGGUGUGACUUUAAGAUAAUUUCACGAAGCAAGAAAUGCACCAUUUGUAUUGGCCAAACUGAUGAAAUUAUAGCCCAAAUGCAUCGCAAGACUGCAUUUUUUGCAAGGGACAAACUAGAAAUAACGGUGAAUCCCAACGAGGAUUUCGCCUUCAUUGUAUCGUUGAUAGUCAUUCUUGAAGAGAUGGAGGCAAAUCGUCAUCAAUCAAGUGCUGAAGGUUUGGUAUCAGAGCCAAGUCAUUCUUGUGGAUUCAUGCCAUUGAGAAGACAACAACGUGUUGAAGAUAUCAAUAAUAUGUACGAGCAUGACAUGGAGCAGUAG